CGUUUUGAAUUAUGAUGAAACUGCUCUUUAUUUACCUCAAAUAAACAAACCUAGUGAAUAUUGAAGUUCCAGAGGUCGCAGCUGCUGCUUGUUUGUGUGGGUUGACAGGCCAGAGUCCACCGCAGGAACACGACGUUUACCGAGAGCUCCACACUUUUAACUCCUUAUAGGAGCAGAAUUGAGCCUGCAGAGUGGACUCAGUGUCAUGGCGGUCAGCAUCAUGUCGGCUUGUUGUCGAGCGUCUGUUCUGUCUCUUUUCCUUCUUGGCUGCUACCUUCAGGUCCUCAUCCAAGGACAAGUGUUCCAGGCUCCACAUACCCAAAGUGUGUUCCUGAGGUCCAAACGGGCCAACCACUUCCUAGUGGAAGAGAUCCUGCAGGGGAACCUGGAGCGAGAGUGUUAUGAGGAGCUGUGCAACUACGAGGAGGCACGCGAGUACUUCGAGAACGAUGCCAAGACGAUCGCCUUCUGGACAGUUUAUUUAGAUGGGGACCAGUGUAAGCCGAACCCCUGCCUCAAUGGAGGAAACUGCACAGACAAAGUGGGCGGGUUCCAGUGCUCCUGCUCCGCCCCCUACUAUGGACCAGUCUGUGAACUGGGAGCACUGGUAGAGAAAGAAAACAAAGAAUGGCCACUGUCUGCGCCACAAAUCAUCCUAGAGUGUCCGACUGAAGGCCCGACAGCUUGUCACCAGCUGUGCACGGUCUCCUACUUCACCUUCACCUGCUCCUGCAUGUCAGGAUUCAAACUACAGACCGACGGACGGAGCUGUGCGCCUGAAGUGGAGUUUCCCUGUGGAAGACUUCCUGACCACUUCAACACCACUGCGUCAGUGUGUCGCCAUGGAAACUGUCCCUGGCAGGUGUCCCUGCGGAACAGCAGGGGGGUGGAGCUGUGUGGUGGCGUGAUACUGGGUCGAUUCUCUGUCCUGACAGCCGCCCGCUGCCUCUUCCUGGACUCAAGAUCUGAUCUCCGACCUUCCGACUUCUAUGUGGUCGCUGGUGACAAGUCGAUGCCCGUCCCUGUCCGGACUCUGCACGUCCACCACCGCUUCCGUCGCGAUCACCACGACAACAACCUUGUCCUCCUGGAGCUAGCCCGCCCCCUGCACUUUAACCCCGCCCUCAUCCACCUCUGCCUGCCCACCAAGGACUUCAGCGAAAACAUCCUGAUGCAUUCUGGGAGAGCAGGUAUCACAGGGAGACGGGGGGUCAGUCGGAACCAGAAACUGGUCUACAUGACGCUGGACGAGUGUCGCAGUCAGCUGAAUGUCUCACAUCCACUCAGCAACAAAAUGUUCUGCAUGAGGAGGCAGAACGGAGCUUUAGGGAACCAAAACAGAGUCAAGAGGAGCCCGAAUGGACCUUCAGGGAACCAAAAUGGCACCCAAGGGAGCCCAAAUCAACCUUCACAAAAUCUAAAUGGGGCCCAGAAGAAGCUGAAUGAACAAACAGUGAACAGGAACCAAAGCCAAAAAAGAAAAAAUGGGGCACAGAACAGUGCCGGUUCAAAGAGUCACGGUGCUGCGAGGUCAGAGGUCAGCGGGGGGAAAUGUGGUGGCCUGUUGCCGGGGACGCCUGUUGCCUCAGUGGAACGAGGGACAGCGUUUCUGACUGGGCUGCUGAUGUCAUCAACCGCAGACUGUGAAGGUGGCGGCCUGGUGUUCAUCAAACUUUCCCGCUACCUGAACUGGAUCAAACCGAGGCUGGAGGCCACCGAGGAUCACACGACGACUCAAGUCCUUCAGUAUCCUGAGAAUCGCUAACAGCUCGCCUGGCGGUGCCAUCUUUGAAACUGCUUUUGUCAUUAAACUUCCUGUCAACUACAGAAUGUCUUCAGUGGACCAAACUAGUGGUUUCAAGUGUUUUAGCUCCUAAACUAGAAAACAUUUUCCAAAUCCUGAUGAGUUCCUCUUCAGUUCAGAGCCGACUCACUUCCCAACAGUCUGUUGUUUGUGGUUCAUGAUUCAAGAUUCCUCCGCUCCUCCCAACAACCACACAGACUGAUGACAACAUGAGUCCACACUGAAAGAGCAGAGUAACUCAAUGUAUCAAAUAAACGUGGUGGAGAGGAAACGCAGAGAAGCAGGAAAUGGAAAUAUUCAUGUAAAUUGAACAGUAGCCCUGAGGGGUCAAUAUUUCAGAAAACACACAAAAUGUGACAUUUGUAAAAACACAACGUGAUUUUCAGGGAACAAAAUAAACUUAAGUACAAAACUGA